AUGAGGGCGGACACUCCAGAGAGCCAUGAGCACUGUGGAGGAGGAGCCGGACCAUAUGAGACCAUGAAGACACGCCUCCAGCUCCUGCGCUGCCAGCUGCUGAGUAUCCUCACCUUGCUCGCGCUGCCAGGAUCGGUAUCAUCCUCCCAGGGCGACCCCGUCUCCAUGGCAGCAACCCAGCAGCACCAGGACUGGCCACAAGAGGGCUCCAGUAGCGGGGAGUGGUCCUCUGGCCUCCCUCACUCGCCCCUCACCCCCCCUGCACCCCCGGCAUGGCUCACUCUCACCCUACCACCCUCCAUUCAUCAACCCACCUCUGGAACCGCUGCCCAAGAACUCGGUGAAGUCCCAGGUUCUGACACAGACCGUGGGAAGUCUAUAGAAAUCACCACAUACAAAAAUCACAAUAUUGCACUCGGCCUCAGACGCAGAGGCCAGACUCAGGGCGGUCCGCGGCGUUCGGAGCAUCACGCCAUCACGCUGAGAGAGGUGCAAACGGAACCUCCCACUGAUGAGCUCGUCACGCAAUCCAGCUCCAGUCCCCCCACAGAUAACCACGUACUGUCCACGGCAAAUUCCACCCCCGGGAAAAGCGUUAGCGUUAGCAUAAGUGCGACCACAGCGGAGGAGGAGGGGACCAGUCUGAGUGAGGUCACAGACAGUGGGGUCGACAUGAGGAACGUGACUGCCUUCGGGGGGCUGCUGCUGUCCAAUGCUAGCUCCGGGGAUGCUAAGGGCGACCGGGGGAAUAUGUCGGAGUUUGAGUCAACAGCGAGUGGCAACUUCCUGAACAGGCAGGUCCCGGCGACCACGCAGGACCCCUGGAUGUCCACGAACAGCUCGGGUCCCACUGUGGAGCCGCCCCCGUCCCGAACGAUGAUCUGUCUGAGCCGCAUGGACAUAGUGUGGAUCGUGCUGGCCAUCAGUGUGCCUGUGUCGUCAUGCUCCGUGCUCCUGACCGUGUGCUGCAUGAGGAGGAAGAAGAAGUCGACGAGUCACGAGAACAACCUGAGCUACUGGAACAACGCCAUCACCAUGGACUACUUCAGCCGCCACGCCGUGGAGCUGCCCCGAGAGAUCCACACGCUGGAGAGCGAGGUGACACGCUACACCCUCUGCUACACACUCUGCUACACCCUCUGCUCCUACACCCUCUGCUACACCCUCUGCUCCUACACUCUCUGCUCCUACACCCUCUGCUACACCCUCUGCUACACCCUCUGCUCCUACACCCUCUGCUACACCCUCUGCUCCCUACACUCUCUGCUCCUACACCCUCUGCUACACCCUCUGCUCCUACACUCUCUGCUACACCCUCUGCUACACCCUCUGCUCCUACACUCUCUGCUACACCCUCUGCUACACCCUCUGCUCCUACACUCUCUGCUCCUACACCCUCUGCUACACCCUCUGCUCCUACACUCUCUGCUACACCCUCUGCUACACCCUCUGCUCCUACACUCUCUGCUCCUACACCCUCUGCUACACCCUCUGCUCCUACACCCUCUGCUACACCCUCUGCUACACCCUCUGCUCCUACACUCUCUGCUCCUACACCCUCUGCUACACCCUCUGCUCCUGCACUCUCUGCUACACCCUCUGCUACACCCUCUGCUCCUACACUCUCUGCUCCUACACCCUCUGCUACACCCUCUGCUCCUACACUCUCUGCUCCUACACCCUCUGCUACACCCUCUGCUCCUACACUCUCUGCUCCUACACCCUCUGCUACACCCUCUGCUACACCCUCUGCUCCUACACCCUCUGCUACACCCUCUGCUCCUACACUCUCUGCUCCUACACCCUCUGCUACACCCUCUGCUCCUACACUCUCUGCUACACCCUCUGCUACACCCUCUGCUCCUACACUCUCUGCUACACCCUCUGCUACACCCUCUGCUCCUACACUCUCUGCUCCUACACCCUCUGCUACACCCUCUGCUCCUACACUCUCUGCUACACCCUCUGCUACACCCUCUGCUCCUACACUCUCUGCUCCUACACCCUCUGCUACACCCUCUGCUCCUACACCCUCUGCUACACCCUCUGCUACACCCUCUGCUCCUACACUCUCUGCUCCUGCACUCUCUGCUACACCCUCUGCUACACCCUCUGCUCCUACACUCUCUGCUCCUACACCCUCUGCUACACCCUCUGCUCCUACACUCUCUGCUCCUACACCCUCUGCUACACCCUCUGCUCCUACACUCUCUGCUCCUACACCCUCUGCUACACCCUCUGCUCCUACACUCUCUGCUACACCCUCUGCUACACCCUCUGCUCCUACACUCUCUGCUCCUACACCCUCUGCUACACCCUCUGCUCCUACACCCUCUGCUACACCCUCUGCUCCUACACUCUCUGCUCCUACACCCUCUGCUACACCCUCUGCUCCUACACUCUCUGCUACACCCUCUGCUACACCCUCUGCUCCUACACUCUCUGCUCCUACACCCUCUGCUACACCCUCUGCUCCUACACUCUCUGCUCCUACACCCUCUGCUACACCCUCUGCUCCUACACUCUCUGCUACACCCUCUGCUCCUACACCCCCUGCUACACCCUCUGAUCCCUACACCCUCUGCUCCUACACCCUCUGCUACACCCUCUGCUCCUACACCCUCUGCUACACCCUCUGCUACACCCUCUGCUCCUACACCCUCUGCUACACCCUCUGCUCCUACACCCUCUGCUACACUCUCUACUACACUGUCUCCUACACCCUCUGCUACACCCUCUCUUCCACCCGCUGCUACGCCCUCUGCUCCUACACCCUCUGCUACACCCUCUGAUCCUACACCCUCUGCUCCUACACCCUCUGCUACACCCUCUGCUCCUACACCCUCUGCUACACCCUCUGCUACACCCUCUGCUCCUACACCCUCUGCUACACCCUCUGCUCCUACCACCCUCUGCUACACUCUCUACUACACUGUCUCCUACACCCUCUGCUACACCCUCUGUUCCACCCGCUGCUACACCCUCUGCUCCCCACGCCACACUCUCUGCUACACCCUCUGCUCCUACACCCUCUGUUCCCCCUGCUGCUACACCCUCUGCUCCCCAUGCUACACCCUCUGCUACACCCUAUGUUACACCCUAUGCUCCCCGCGCUACACCCUUUGCUCCCCCCGCUACACCCUCUGCUCCCCCCGCUACACCCUCUCUUCCCCGCGCUACACCCUCUGCUCCCCCCGCUACACCCUCUGCUCCCCGCGCUACACCCUCUGCUCCCUGCGCUACACCCUCUGCUCCCCGCAAUACACCCUUUGCUCCACACACUACACCCUUUGCUCCCCCCGCUACACCCUCUGCUCUCCCCGCUACACCCUUUGCUCCCCCCCGCUACACCCUCUGCUCCCCGCGCUACACCCUCUGCUCCACACACUACACCCUCUGCUCCCCACGCUACACCCUCUGCUCCCCACACUACACCCUCUGCUCCCCACACUACACCCUCUGCUCCACACACUACACCCUCUGCUCUCCCCGCUACACCCUUUGCUCCCCCCGCUACACCCUCUGCUCCCCGCGCUACACCCUCUGCUCCACACACUACACCCUCUGCUCCACACACUACACCCUCUGCUCCCCCCCUACACCCUCUGCUCCCCGCGCUACACCCUCUGCUCCACACACUACACCCUCUGCUCCCCACGCUACACCCUCUGCUCCCCACGCUACACCCUCUGCUCCCCACGCUACACCCUCUGCUCCCCACGCUACACCCUCUGCUCCACACACUACACCCUCUGCUCCCCCCCUACAUCCUCUGCUAAGCAGCUACUUUUUUUUUUUCCUCCACACCUAACUUUGUCGCAAAUGGUCGGCUCUCUAUUCAAAAGCCCCAAGGUGCAGCAGUCCCCAUCCAGUCCCCAUCCAGUCCCCAUCCAGUCCCCAUCCAGUCCCCAUCCAGUCCCCAUCCAGUCCCCAUCCAGUCCCCUCUCUCUGCACAGUCACUGCCUCCAGACUGCAGACCAGGACGCGUACCUUCCCCCAAACGGCGACUACAGCAGCAGCAGCAUGGUCCUGGUCAACCCCUUCUGUCGAGAGACGCUCUUCAUCAACAGAGAAAAGACUUCUGGCAUCUAG